AUGUCACCAUUUAAUCAGAACUCGACAGCUCGUAGUGCUGACAAAAUGAACGGAAUUGGAAUGCCUAUUCUUUUCAUUUUAGUGCUUUUUUCAACAAUUUUCGCUACACGGAAUAUGUUAAAGAAGGCUGUUGUUUCUUCCUUUCAAGACACAAUGAAACUGUUAACUUUUGUCACCGCCCUUGCAAGUAUAACUUUAUCCAUUUCUUUAUAUUUUAGCACCGCAUUUAACUAUGGCCUCGUAACAACUGUCUUAGGGUUCAGUAUGAUUUUCUUAAACAGUAGUUUGAGAAUAAAGCAAUUCAUGACUCCUCUAUUAAUAGUAUACCUCGCGUGGUUUCUUGUUCUGGUUGGAAUACCAUCGUACCUCAAUCAAGGCAUAAUCACUGCUACAAAUAGUAUUAACUGUUUAACGUUUUAUGGUAGUUUUGCUUCAACAAUGUGUAAUGAUGGAUGGCUAACCUUUGUAAAGAUUAUUGCGUCUGUUAUUGUAAGUGUUACUCUCCUUUCAGUGCUUCUUCUUGCAUCUGAGGUAUUCGGUUCAGCACAGUCUGUGUAUCUACAAACAGAAGUUCAGGAAACCACAUAUCAAGAUAUAGCCAAACCACUGGUACACCAAGCACACCAAUAA